AUGGCGCGCGCUCUCCUCGCCGCUUGCGCGAGGCGCCCCGGCCUCCAGCCGGCCCCGCGGCCGCAGGUCCUCCGGCCUGGCCGGCCCGCCGCCUCGGGCCGGCCCCUCCUCAGGGUGCUGGCCGGCGACGCGCCCAGCCAGCCUCUGGACGCGAACACGCCCGAUUCGAAGUGGAGGGAGAUCCUGACCGCGGAACAGUAUCAUGUUUUGAGGGAAAAGGGGACCGAAAUGCCAUUUUCUGGCAAGCUUGACAAAUUCUAUGAGGAUGGGAUUUACAAAUGUGCUGGGUGCGGGGCUGAGCUGUACAAGUCUGAACAUAAAUUCGAUUCUGGUUGUGGAUGGCCGGCGUUCUACGACGAAAUCGAGGGCGCCAUCAAGCGCUACGAGGACAACUCGAUGGGCAUGAGGCGCGUGGAAAUUGUGUGCAGCAACUGCGGCGGCCACCUGGGGCAUGUGUUCGAAAACGAGGGCAUGCCCACGCCCACCGACGUCCGCCACUGCGUCAACAGCUUGUCUAUGACUUUUGAGAAGGCUGCAGACAGGUGA